AUGUCUGAUACCCAACUAGGUGUCCCGGAAGGCACUGGUGUACCCAAGCGCAAGCGUGAGAGCAGUGAUAGUGGUGGCCCUGAUGUCCAGCGUCUAAACAGAUCGUCGCAUGGAAGCAAUGGCAGCAUCCCUGCCCCGGAUCCCCAGCCCAAUUUCACACACAGCGCUCUUGGCUCGUACGACCACGGCUUACCAAACACGACAUCAGAACUGAAUAUCGACCAGCAAAUUCUUCAACAUGUUGGCACUCAAAACGGCAUCUCUGAUGAGAAUGCUCUGACCGCCAAGGCCGCUCUAGCUGCACAUAAUCCCCAGAACAAAUACCCUCCCCCACCGGAUACUACAUUCGACAACAACCUAGGACAUGGCUUAACUUUUGGAGACGAUAUGGGUCAGGGUAUGGGCGCCACCCAUACUCACAACUCUACUGCCGCUGCAGUGUAUGCUGCUCGUGAAGCGCAGAGCAUGAACCAGAAACCCACUGUCGGGUCGCCUGAAUGGCACCAGAUUCGCAAGAACAAUCACAAAGAAGUUGAGCGUCGACGUCGCGAAGCGAUUAACGAGGGUAUCAACCAGAUUGCCCGGCUUGUGCCCAAUUGUGACAAGAACAAAGGUGCUAUUCUGCAACGUGCGAUCGAAUACAUCUGCCAGUUGCAUGAGGAAAAGAAAGCCAUGAGUGAGCGAUGGGAGCAAAAUAAUAUGACGACAAGUCAUGCAAUCAGUGAGAUUAGCGCCCAAAACUCCAAGCUAAAAAUGGAGGUGAACCGUCGCGGCGAUAUUGCACAGAAGUGGGUGCAGCGGUGUCGUGACGCCGGCCUGGAAUUUGAUGACUACGACGAAUCCAAGGAACUAGAGCCACUUGAUGUCGAUCAAAGUCAGGUUUGA